AUGUCUCGCAUAGCCAAGGCACCGUGCGAUGGCAUGUCCAGUUCGCGGGUACGGGCUCCAGGGUACAUCGUCGACAUGCCCUUGGAUUGGCUUGACGCCGAGUCUUCAGAAGAAACCGUGUCCCUUGCCGUCAUCAAACUGCCGGACUGCGGCCAUGUCUCCUUCGGCGGCACCGUCAUCACAAAUCCUGGAGCACCCGGCGUUUCUGGCGUUCAUCACAUUCUGCAAGACGGCCACUACAUGCAAAGCAUGAUGGAUGGCGAGAAGCAUUUUGAGCUGGUGUCCUUUGACCCGAGAGGCGUGGCGUGGCCUAUAGCAAACCGUCAGAUCACUCUUGGAGUUCAAUACGGACAGAGUGAACACAUUGCUUGGCGAGUUGGAGGCGAGGCCAAGACCAGCUCUGACAGAAGGGGGCACGGAAACCAUCCUGACUGCGAACAUGGUGCAUUGCAAGGCAACUACGCCCUACUUCUUCGAGACGCGGGCCUGGACUCCCCGGCGGAUGGCUGUGCCCCGAGGAAAGCAGGUGAUUACAACUGGCUUGGCCUCUCGUCCUCGGCGGUAUUGUGCGGUGAUGCGGACGACACGACGCACCGCGACGAGACCCACUGGGGUCAUGACGAGAGACCAACGCUGCCGCGGUGA